UAUUUAAUGAUAGUCUUAAAUAAUAGCAUCGAACGAGUUUAAUAAGGCAACGAAAACGAAACAUCGUGAAAAGCGUGCAAGUGAACAAUAAUGACUAGGCACCUCAAGUACAAAGGCCCGCCUUCCUCUGUAGAUCCCCCACUAUUGACGUCUUAUAGCGCCUCGGGAAUCUGGGCGGUCUCAACAAAUCUUGCAUGCUAAAGAAAUCCUUGGACUUCUUCUCAACGCGCCGAUUUCGUACGUACGUAUUAUGCUCAACGGGCCAGAUGCCUCAUAGAGCUCGUAUAGCCCAACAUCUUCUUUCAUCGACAAGACGAACUCUUUACUCGGGAAGCUUCCAACGUAUCCGCAAUUUUCCAAGGUACUCGACCGUAAGCACCGACGGUUGGCACGCCAUGUCGCAGGCUGAAAUUUCCAAGUACCUGAAGCAGACGCACGACCGUGUGUUCGAGCACAACCGUGCCUGGGCGGAGGAGCAAAGAAAGAGGGAUCCCGAGUUCUUCGAUAAGCUAUCCGCAGGGCAAACCCCGGAGUAUCUAUGGAUAGGAUGCAGCGAUUCGCGAAUUCCGGCUGAACAGAUCACGGGCUUGGGACCGGGUGAGGCGUUCAUCCACCGCAACAUUGCCAACCUAGUCGUCAACACCGAUCUGAACGUCAUGAGCGUCAUCAACUACGCGGUCCGCCACCUGCAGGUCAAGCAUAUUGUAGUGUGUGGACACUAUGGCUGCGGCGGUGUUAAGGCCGCCAUGACGCCGAAGGACCUAGGGCUGCUUAACCCGUGGCUGAGGAACAUCAGGGACGUUUACCGCCUGCACGAGAAAGAGUUAGAUGAGAUUAAUGAUGAGAAUGAGCGCUACAAUCGCCUAGUAGAGCUCAGCGUCGUUGAGCAGUGCCGUAACGUCAUCAAGACGGCAGCUGUCCAGAAGUCGUAUGCUAAGAACCAUUUCCCUAUCGUCCACGGAUGGGUAUUCGGGUUUGAGGACGGUUUACUCAAGGAUCUAAAGGUCGAUCAUGAGGAGAUGCUGCACGGUAUCCAGAAGAUUUACAACCUCACGGAGUGAUUGGUCCUCCACGGCAAAAGGACGGCAUGCAGUAUCAUCAUUUCAUUAAUUGCGGUAACAGCGCCAGUCUGACCCGCCUUGUCAGAGCAUUAUGCUCAUGUAGCUAUAAAAGAGUCCGUAGAGCCCCGCGGCCAUCUAAGGAAUGUUUAAACACCUAUAAAUAACAUGGAUGUCCCUUCAUUGUACAUCUGACUUCUUAUUCCUAGCU